AUGAGUGGUGAAACGCUGGCACAGGUUGCCCAGAGAGGUGGUCGAUGUCCCGUCCGUGGUAACAUUCAAGGUCAAGUUGGACAGGGCUCCGAGCUACGUGCUCUAGUUGAAGAUGUCCAUGCUUAUUGCAGGAUGAUACUUUGGGACUGGGACUUGAAGCAAUGGUGCAAGCCCUAUUACCAGAAUGCUGGCAGUGGAAAUGGAGCUGAUCUUUCAGUACUAAAUGAGGCUCGAAGCAUAAUACUAGACCUCCUGACUGACCCAUCUCUUCCACCACAAGUGAUUUCUUCCCUUCAAAGCAUUAAUAGUUUGAUUGGUGCUUUUUGGGGCAUAUGCAGACCAAAGGCCAACCCAUUCACACAGUUUCCUGGUUUCCUCCCCUGUCCUGAAAUAGAGGAUCCUACUGAAAAGGGAGAUCGAAAGCUGCUCAAGGGGUUAAAUGGCAGGAAUAGCCUGCCAGCACCACAGCUGAGGCGACCUUCAGGAGUUUCUGUCAUUCCACCUAUAGAAUCAACAUCAUCUAGGUGGGAACGGAGCAACAAUAAGAGAUUGCAUCAGGAAUACAACACAUCAAGCCAAGGAUCUCAUUCAAAUGGGUCUUUUGGUGCAAACUUGCUGACAAUACCAAAACAAAGAUCAUCUUCUAUAACAUUGGCUCAUCAUAUAGGUCCAAGACGAGCAGGUGCUUCUCCUGGCCUGAGUCCUGUGGGUUCACCUAGUUAUGGAUCUGUCUCCAGUGGGGCUUUCAGCAGCUGGUCACCUGUAGAAUUCCCUGAUACCGCUGAUUUUCUUACAAAACCAAGCGUUAAUAUACAUAAGCCUCCGGGAUACACAUGUAGUUCUCCAGAUUUUCAGCAGCAAGUUAAAACACCUGUAGGUUAUGUGUGUAGCAGCUGUGGACGUCAGAUACUCAAGCCUGUUCCAACACCAGAACCAGAAAUUGCAGAAUAUAAAGACAGAAGAUCAGGUGACAUUGGAAGUGCUAAUGUUUCGAAAGAAUCUUUCCACCAUACAGAGAAGAAAAAAGAUGAAAGGAAGGAAGUGAUCGAUCGAACACAAAAUAAUCUGCUUGUGGAGCAGAGUCCUACAUUAGAAACAAUAUUGUUAGAUCAUGAUUCACUAAUGGAGAAGAUGAACAAUUGGAAUUUCCAAAUUUUUGACCUUGUUCAAGAAAUGGGAGACCGGUCUGGAAGGAUCCUUAGCCAGGUAAUUUAUACUUUGUUUCAAGACACUGGUUUGUUUGAAAUUUUCAAAAUCCCAACUCGAGAAUUCAUGAAUUACUUCUGUGCACUAGAAAACGGCUACCGAGAUAUUCCCUAUCACAAUCGUAUACAUGCCACGGAUGUUCUUCACGCAGUGUGGUAUCUGACAACACGGCCCAUUCCUGGACUUCAGCAUCAUGAGCAUAUAAUGGAAAGCGAUAUUGAUGAAAUGACUAGUGGCGUUGCCCCUCUUCAAGUCAGCUAUAUUUCUUCAAAAAGUUGUUCUAUUGCUGAUGACAGUUAUGGUUGUCUAGCAUCAAACAUUCCUGCCUUGGAAUUGAUGGCUUUAUACGUAGCAGCUGCCAUGCACGAUUAUGACCAUCCUGGUCGUACAAAUGCUUUCUUAGUGGCUACAAAUGCACCCCAGGCUGUUCUCUACAAUGACAGAUCAGUCUUAGAAAAUCACCAUGCUGCUUCUGCCUGGAAUCUUUUCUUAUCACGACCAGAAUUCAACUUCUUAUCAAAUCUUGAUCAUGUAGAAUUCAAGCGUUUUCGUUUCUUAGUGAUUGAAGCAAUCCUUGCCACAGAUCUCAAGAAGCAUUUUGAUUUCCUUGCAGAAUUUAAUGCCAAGGUCAAUGAUAUCAACAGUCAUGGUAUAGAAUGGAGCAAUGAAAAUGAUCGCCUACUGGCCUGUCAAAUAUGCAUCAAACUGGCAGAUAUUAAUGGCCCAGCAAAAGUUAGAGACCUGCAUCUGAAAUGGACAGAAGGCAUCGUUAAUGAGUUUUAUGAACAGGGUGAUGAAGAAGCAAGCCUUGGAUUACCGAUAAGCCCCUUCAUGGAUCGUUCUUCUCCACAGCUUGCUAAACUCCAAGAAUCUUUCAUCACUCACAUAGUUGGCCCCCUUUGUAAUUCCUAUAACGCAGCUGGGUUGCUUCCAGGGCAAUGGGUUGAUGAAGAGGAGGAGGAUGCAGAAAGUACUGAAGAUGAUGAUGAUGGAGCACAGUUAGAGAGUGAUGAUGAAGAAAUGGAAGAUGAUCUCAUUUUAAAAGCUCAAAGAAAAAAAGGUAGACGAAUAUUUUGCCAACUAAUAGACCAUCUUAGUGAAAAUCACAAAAUAUGGAAGAAAAUGAUUGAAGAGGAAGAAAAAAACAAAGCUGAAGGAGCUAAGCUGCUGACUGAAAUAUCUUUACCUCAAGCAGAUGAAAUUCAGGUUAUUGAGGAAGCUGAUGAAGAAGAUGAGCGACAACUGGGAGAAGACAAGACAUGCUAAGAAAACUUCAGUGCUGUCCAGUAUGAUGAGAGUCUUUUUUUUUUCCACUGUGCUGAUUUUAGCCUGACACAGUUCACAUAAAAUUGAAAGGCCUUAAUACUGUGAGAAGAUCUCUUCUACUCUAGUGGAAUCCCACUCCUAUGCACUUUUGCCGCAUAGAAUAUGGAACUUUAUUCAGAAAUUGAGUAUUGUAUGCCCUGAUGCAAAGUUCUUUAUGCCUUAGUUGGUAUAAAAUAUCUUGAUAUAAUGCUGCCUUGCUGAAUAUGGAACUCUUCUUUCCCUUGAGGU